CUCAGUGUGACUCCGCUCUGCGGCAGGUAACACCCCAACUUCAAAUCUCCGCGCAGACGCUCAAACGCUGAAUCAUUCGUCAGGAACCUCUUGGGAUGAUCUUCUGGGCACAUUCUCUCUCUGCUUGACCUAAGGAGUUUGGCAACAUUCCUGAGGGAGACUUUUUUCCACUGACACUCCCAACAAAGUAGAAGAGGAAUACACAGCAAAAAGCAGGAGAGAGAAUCACUUUAAGAGAGGGUACGGGAAAAAGAAGAGAGAAGGGGAACGAUGAUGGAACUGAAGAUCCAGCUGAUCCCAACGGGGGAAAUCAUCCUUUCUCCGGGGAAGAAUGGAGAAAGCUGCUGCCACAACUGCAAGGUGGUGGCUAGUGACGGGGUGCGGGCUAUGAUGGAGUCAGCCCUGACAGCCAGAGACCGGGUGGGCGUGCAGGACUUUGUCCUGCUGGAGAACUUCACCAGCGAGGCCUCGUUCAUAGAGAACCUGCGCAAACGCUUCAAAGAGAACCUCAUCUAUACGUACAUUGGUUCAGUGCUGGUGUCAGUUAACCCUUACAAAGACCUGGAGAUCUACACCAAGAACCACAUGGAGCGGUACCGCGGGGUCAACUUCUACGAGGUCUCGCCACACAUCUACGCGGUGGCAGAUAACUCUUACCGCUCCAUGAGGACAGAGAGGAAGGACCAGUGCAUCCUGAUCUCCGGCGAGAGCGGUGCCGGGAAGACUGAGGCGUCCAAGAAGAUCCUGCAGUAUUACGCCGUCACCUGUCCGGCCAGUGACCAGGUGCAGACCGUCAAAGACCGCCUGCUACAAUCCAACCCCGUGCUGGAGGCGUUCGGCAAUGCCAAGACGUUGCGUAACGACAACUCGAGUCGCUUUGGCAAGUACAUGGACAUUCAGUUUGACUUCAAGGGCGCCCCGGUUGGAGGCCACAUCAUCAACUACCUGCUGGAGAAGUCCCGGGUGGUCCACCAGAACCACGGGGAGAGGAACUUCCACAUUUUCUAUCAGCUGAUCGAGGGAGGGGAAGAAGACCUGCUAAGACGCCUGGGCUUAGAGAGGAAUCCUCAGCAGUACCAGUAUCUGGUUAAAGGUAACUGUCCCAAAGUGAGCUCCAUCAAUGACCGCAGUGAGUGGAAGCUGGUGAGGAAAGCCUUGAGCGUGAUUGGCUUCAACGAGGACGACGUGGAGGAGCUGUUGAACAUCAUCGCCAGUGUGCUCCACCUGGGGAACGUGCAGUACGGCGGAGAGGACGGCAUCGCCUGCAUCACUUCUGACACUCAGAUAAAGUACCUGGCCAGGUUGUUAGGAGUGAAUGGGACGGUGCUGACGGAGGCACUCACACACAAGAAGAUAAUUGCCAAGGGGGAGGAGUUGAUGAGCCCUCUCAACCUAGAGCAGGCAUCCUCAGCUCGGGAUGCUUUGUCCAAGGCAGUGUAUGGACGCACCUUCACCUGGCUGGUUAACAAGAUUAAUGCUUCACUGGCAUACAAGGACGACUCGUACAAGAAUUCCUCAGUCAUCGGCCUGCUGGAUAUCUAUGGCUUUGAGGUCUUCCAGAACAACAGCUUUGAGCAGUUCUGUAUCAACUACUGUAACGAGAAGCUGCAGCAGCUCUUCAUUGAGCUCACCCUCAAGUCGGAGCAGGACGAGUACGAGGCCGAAGGCAUCACGUGGGAGCCGGUACAGUACUUCAACAACAAGAUCAUCUGUGACCUGGUGGAGGAGAAGUUCAAAGGCAUCAUCUCUAUCCUGGAUGAGGAGUGUCUGAGACCUGGAGACGCCAGUGACAUCACCUUCCUGGAGAAGCUGGAAGGCACAGUGGGAGGACACCCACACUUUGUGACUCACAAGCUGGCCGAUGGAAAGACCCGAAAAGUAAUGGGCCGUGAUGAAUUCCGACUGCUGCAUUACGCUGGGGAGGUCAACUACAAUGUCAACGGAUUUUUGGACAAGAACAAUGACCUACUCUUCAGGAACUUAAAAGAGGUUAUGUGUAUGUCAGAGAACAAGAUCCUCAACCAGUGCUUUGACAGGGAGGAGCUGAGCGACAAGAAACGUCCUGACACGGCAGCAACCCAGUUCAAAGCCAGUCUGGCGAAACUCAUGGAGAUCCUCAUGUCGAAGGAGCCAUCGUACGUCCGCUGCAUCAAGCCCAAUGACUCCAAGCAAGCAGGUCGAUUUGACGAGGUGUUGAUCCGUCACCAGGUCAAGUACCUGGGACUGAUGGAGAAUCUGAGGGUGAGGAGAGCCGGCUUUGCUUACAGACGGCGCUACGAGGUCUUCCUACAGAGGUAUAAGUCCCUGUGUCCAGACACAUGGCCUAACUGGGAGGGGAAGCUUUCCGAUGGAGUGGCCACACUGGUCAAACACCUGGGAUACAAGCCUGAGGAGUACAAACUGGGCAGAUCCAAAAUUUUCAUCCGCUUCCCGAAGACCUUGUUUGCUACAGAAGAUGCACUUGAGACCAGGAAACACAGUCUUGCCACCAAGCUGCAGGCAGGAUGGAAAGGCUACAGUCAGAAGUCCAAAUACCAAAAACUCAGAACCUCAGCUAUUGCCAUCCAGGCGUGGUGGAGGGGGAUCCUGGCGAGGAGGAGGGCUCAGCGCAGGCGAGAGGCCGCUAAUACCAUCCGCAGGUUCAUCAAGGGCUUCAUCUACCGCCACAAGGAGCGCUGUCCGGAGAACGAGUAUUUCCUGGAUUACGUGCGCUACUCUUUCCUCAUGACGCUGCGCAGGAACCUGCCCAAGAACGUCCUGGACAAGACCUGGCCCACUCCACCGGCAGCUCUUACCGAGGCGUCCGAGCAUUUGCGUAAGCUGUGCAUGCAGAACAUGGUGUGGAGCUACUGCAAGAAGAUCAGCCCUGAAUGGAAACACCAGAUGGAGCAGAAGAUGAUUGCCAGUGAGAUCUUUAAGGACAAGAAGGACAACUACCCGCAGAGUGUCCCCAAACUGUUUGUCAGCACAAGACUCGAUGGUGAGAACAUUAAUCCCAAGGUGCUGCAGGCUCUGGGCAGCGAGAAGAUGAAGUAUGCAGUGCCGGUCACCAAAUACGACAGGAAGGGCUACAAGGCUCGGCCACGCCAGCUACUGCUCACCGCCAACAGUGCUGUUAUUGUAGAGGAGGCCAAACUCAAGCAGCGCAUCGACUAUGGAGCUCUAAAAGGCAUCUCGGUCAGCUCUCUCAGCGAUGGCUUGUUUGUUCUGCACGUGCCCAGUGACGACAACAAACAGAAGGGCGACGUGGUUCUGCAGAGCGACCAUGUGAUCGAGACCUUGACCAAGAUUGCCAUCUGUGCCGACAAAAUACACAGCAUCAACAUCAACCAGGGCAGUAUAAAGUUUACAGUGGGUCAGGGGAAAGAGGGGAUCAUAGACUUCACACCUGGAUCAGAACUACUGGUGGCCAAGUCUAAGAAUGGACACUUGUCUGUGACGGCUCCCAGACUGAACUCCAGAUGAUGGCCAGUCUGACCACACAAACACAAACACACACACACACACACACACCAGGACCCAAGUACUCCUGACCACCCUCCAAUCACACGACCGCAGACGCCACUCUGCCUAAGCCAAUCAGACGCCAGCUUGUCACCGCACCGGUGGCACGUGCUUCCAAUUAAAAAGAAAAUAAAAGUCCAGCAAAACUAAUUGAUAUAUUUAUGUUUAUAUAUUAUAUUUUUUGGGAUUAAUACUUAUUGCUGUUUGAAUAUUGUGAUUUUAUAUAUGAGGCCAAGGAAUAACAGAUAUUCAGGUGCAUUUUUUUCUUGCACCGUGUGUGUUUAUUGUGCUUUAUUUGGGAACAUGACCAAGAAAACAAUGAGGGAAGCUUCAGAAUAAGAGACGAUAAUGAGAAGAAGGGGGGAUGUUGUUGAUGAAAUGAAAUCAGGGUUAGCUGUUGCCUGUUGCCUCUUUUUUUCCUGUUUACUUCAUCUUUUUUGAUUUAUAGGCUUGACCGUCUUCCUGCUUUUCUAACUGGGGCGGAUGGCUUGUUGUUGAAGGUGUGUAGAAUAAGGCUGACGGUAUGUAGGCUCGCUGUUGAGGGGUUCAGGGAUGAGAAAGAACAACUCUUCAUGCUUAGGCACGAGAAUCUAAUAGAUCUUGAUGGUUAAGAGACCUGGUAAUAAUAUAGUGUCGUACUGUGGCUCACCAAAAUAGUUGGAUGUACUACUGAAUAUAUUUUCAUGUAUCUGUAUAUGUAGACUGAAUAUGAAGGGAGUUUAUCACGAGGGAAUCACUACGUUAGAGAAACAGCAUGCACUGUAAAUGCUGCAAAAAGUGAACAAAGUAUGUGUGAAGUGGCUGAGGAAAAGGCAACAAAAAGGUAAAAAGAAAGACGAGAGAACGUGGCCGUCAUUUGCCUCGUUGCCAGGUGCUUGUGCCUUUCUCCUCGAUUAAUCCUGACUAUUCUUAACGAGGGAGUUGAAGAGCUUUAUAUCAAUGUAAGAAAACCAUGACACUCAACUAGACUGAGUCGAGUUAAGUGUAGAUAGAAACCCGUCGUUCUCUAACUGAAUGUGGCUCCAGCACCAUGACAUGCUGCGACUCGCUCCAAGGCCCCAGCAUCGCUCUCUAUAGCUGGCUACAUUUCUUCUUUUCUUCCUCCUCCACUCUUUUUGCUUUGCUUCUCCAGCCUCCCCCAUGACCUGCCUGUUAUCUGUCCUACGACUGAACUGGUCUGAUAGCUGCCCCCUGACCAGGGUUCAACCAAUGUAUUUGUGGAGAUCAUACAAUAAAUAGAUCUAUUCUUACACCUGUAUGCCUUUUCAAACUGCAUUUAGACAAAAAUGUGACUAGAACUCAACUCAAAAUUUAAAGCCAUAUAAUUGAAAUUUCUUUUGAUGGAUUAAUUUAGAUUUGAGUUGAGUUAAAAUGAAUAUGAAGGCGAAAAGUCUAGCUCUGUUUAAGAAUAACAAAAUCUGCCUACUAGUACCUCUAAGGCUCUCUUACAAUAUGUCAUUUCUUUUUUUUCUUUUUUAAAAAUCCAUACAAAAACUAAAGUGUAAAAAUGACAAUAUGUGGUUUCACUGGGCUGGGCCAGACUGAUUCUUAUGAAGCUACAGUCUGAGACUGUUAGCUUAACUUAAAGUUUAGAAAAAAGGUGUAAUAGCUGGCUUAGCUCUGUUUCUAAAGGUAACACAGUCUACCUGCUAGCACCUCUAAAGCUCUAUAAUCAUGUGUAAUUUUAUUUAUAAUAUGUACAAAAACUGAAUGCUUAUGACAAAAUGUGGUUUCUCUGGACUGGGCCAGACUAUUUCUUGGCUGUUAGCUGUGGUUAGAUCCUGUAAAACUACAAUUGUCAUCUUUACACUUUUUGUUGGAAUCAAACAAACCAGAUAUAAUAUGUUAAUUAGUGAGUUUUAGUGAGGUGUUGUCAGGUGGAUAUUUUUACAUUUGGACAGAGCCAGGCUAGCUGUUUCUCCAUGUUUCCGGUUAGCUUUAGCUAAGAUAGCCGGCUGCUUACAUAAGCUUCAUAUUUAUUAACAGACAGAAAUGAGAGUGGUAUCAAUCUUCUCAGUUAACUUUCAGAAAGAAAGUGAAUAAAUAAAGUUCCCAAAAUGUCAAAGUACCCAUAUUGUCAGGUUAUAAUCAUUAUGAAACAGCGAUUAAACCUUUACAUGACUCCAUUAAAACUCAUGACAUGAGUAAAAUAUUCAUGCGUCCUUUUCAAGGUGUCACACCAGUUCAGGUUUAGAGCCUCUUUCAGAGCAGCUGUAAAAUAAAAAAAAUAUCUUUAUAACCUUCAUAACUCUUGACUUUUGCCCCCAAACUCUCUUCCAAGCCUACAGUUGAGAGACCAAAGACUGAUGGUGAGAAAGUUGUGUUAUUGAAAACUCUAACAGAGUAGGCUAACAUUUUGAGAGGAACUCCAAAAUGUUUCGAGAAUUUUUUUUUAUUUUAAUCUUUUUCUUUUCUCCAGACCUUGCUCAAUGACAGAACUUUUUCUCCCUCUAUGGCUCUAAGGCGAGGCGGGUGCAAUAUGCCAAGGCAGGACUGUGCUACUGCCCUUAUUAGCCAAAGACCCUGUUGAUUUCUAGUGAUUCUGUGUUGUAUGAUUUAUAUAUUAUUAUUAUGUCAGUCCUGAAUGUUCUGUUUUGUUUUGUUUUUCCAGGAGGGAGAUGUAAAUGUACAGUUUGUUCUCUGUUAUAAAUGAGAGAUUCAAGCCAAGUGAGGUUUGAUGAUGUUAAACAUUUGGGGGAGAAGCAGCUUUUAGUAUUGUUUGCUAACUUGUUAAUGUGCCUUGUUGGAUAGCAAUACAACAGAUUAAUGUGGGAUUGUAUGAGAAAUACCUCCUUGAGUCUAGUCAUUGACAUUUGACAACCGGUGUUUGGCCGUUUCUAAAAGUUUCCCACCUAAAGGUUUCCUCUCUCCGUGUGUAUAAGCUUUAUUCAAACCAAAUUCCUAAGUUUGUCUGUUGAUUUACAGAUGCACUCCUGUUAUUAGUCCUGACUUACUGUAUGCACCAAACCAAUGUAUAAUUAUGCCAACACACUAAAAAAUAAGAUACUAAAGAUUUGCUAAAUAAAUUUGAAACGUACAGUAAAAACCAAA